UUUUAAAAAGGCAAGGCAGCUCUCAAGUUGAUCAGUCUGCUCAGGAAACUUGUGGUGGAGAAAGUACUGGAGUCCAAACUGAAGGGGAGAGAAGUUGAGAUUCUGUGCAAAGAAUUGCUUUGCUCCUGCAGAGGACAAUAUCUCGGGACAAAUUUCACAUAGGCUAUAUUUUAAAUUGUUCAUUUGAACUCGUUUUGCGCGGUGCAAGGCGCAAAGCCUGUAAUUCAUGUUUAUUGAAAUAGAUAGCAACACUCUUGGAUAAAGACUCUUGGCUUUAGCUUUAAAAAUCGGAUUAUCUGACUGGCAUUGUGCUUCAUUAGACCAGUCUACUUUUCCCCCCCUCCUCUUCGCAUUUGAGGUUUAUGCUAUAACUGAAGAGAACACCAACAAUGUUUCUGAGUUUUUGCCUCUUGGUGACAUUUAUCUUGGGGCUGUCCGGGUGCUUGGGCUCAUACGUGCCGUGCGAGCCUUGUGACCAGAAGGCACUGUCCAUGUGCCCUCCGGUCCCGGUCGGCUGCCAGCUGGUCAAGGAGCCGGGCUGCGGCUGCUGCCUAACAUGCGCCCUGUCUGAGGGACAGGCGUGCGGCGUUUACACAGGGACGUGCACCCAGGGCCUCCGCUGCCUGCCGAGGAGCGGGGAGGAGAAACCCCUGCACGCCCUUCUCCACGGCAGGGGAGUGUGCACCAACGAGAAAGGAUACAAACCUGCCCACCCGCCCAUAGAUCGUGAGUCUCGAGAACAUGAGGACACCAGAACCACAGAGAUUACAGAGGAGCUGCAGCCAGCUAAAGUGCCACUCCUUCCCAAAGACAUUGUGAACAGUAAAAAAGUCCAUGCGCUGCGCAAGGAGCAGAAGAGGAAGCUUGGCAAGCAGCGCUCCAUGGGCUCCCCCUUGGACUACUCCCCUCUGCCCAUCGACAAGCAUGAGCCUGAAUUUGGUCCAUGCAGGAGAAAACUGGAUGGGAUCAUUCAGGGAAUGAAAGACACUUCUCGUGUAAUGGCUCUGUCUUUGUACCUUCCCAACUGUGACAGAAAAGGAUUCUUCAAGCGCAAGCAGUGCAAGCCAUCUCGCGGCCGUAAACGAGGCAUCUGCUGGUGUGUGGACAAAUAUGGUGUUCAGCUCCCUGGCACAGACUACAGUGGAGGGGACAUUCAAUGUAAAGACCUAGAGAGCAGCAACAACAACGAGUGAAAAGGGGAGGACCACCCUUGACCCCCCCACCCCCCCCCCUAACCACCACGUGACCCAGGGCCCACGCCUCCUCUCUGAAUCACACCUGUAUGCUCCGCCCUCUGUUCACUUCAAUAUUUUUGUUUUUUCAAAUUGAAAAAAAAAAGGAAGAAGAAUAAUCCAAACGAAAGGACAGGCUGAAAAAAAAGACACCUGUAAUUUUUUUCUUUUCUUUUCUGUUGUUGACCAAGCACUCAUCUCCGAAAGAGGGGAAAAGUCCCAGAAGAUUUACUAGAUCCCUUGACAAUUGCUCAUGGGACCCCUUGUAUGAGGCGGGUCCCCUGGCUGCAGAUCCAUGAAAAUAUAUGCACACAAUGGAUAUAUUUUUAUAGAAGCUGGGGGUUUCAGUACACCACUUUGUAUGAUGUAAAAUUAACAAAAAAUCAUUGUGAAGAAAAAAAGGUAUCAGGCACAUUGAUUGGAAACAGAUCAGUUUUAGGCUGUGGAACAUGAUGCCACUGUGGAACUGACGAUUGGCAGAGCAAUUUGGGUUUUUUGUCUGUUUUCCAAAAGAAAAAAAGAAACAAUAGAUAGGGAUAUGCUGCAACAGUUGACUCUAUCUAGGUAUGUGGUUCUGUCAGAGCACUUAUGAAUAGGGGAACCUACCUUAGAUAUGUGUAACUUCACAAAAUGAUGCGUGCAUUUGUUCAUGAAUGUGUGUAUGUGUACAGUGCGAGUGUGUGGUAUGUAUCAGCCUGUGUUGGCGUAUGAUGGAGUGAGCCCAUUUACAAAAAGAAUGUCCUUUUUCUUUCUCUUUUGUUUGAUUUUGUCACAAGUAUUGCUAGCGCUUGAAGUGGUCUUGGGGCUGGCCUUCUCUAUAAGCGAUGUAAAGCAUGUUUCGGGACACAGAGCAUUUGGAAACAAAAGAGUAAGCAGAUCAUCCCAGAUGAACCUAUGUAAGUGGCUCUUCGACAAUGUAGCUAGCCUGAUAUGCCAACUGUGCCUAUUUGAACAAACACUGCCAUGCAGGGCAACACAGAGCAUAGAGAGCGCUGACUCUACAGGUGAAAUAAAGAUAAGUGUUUUCAGCUUAAGUGAUGGGACUUAAGUUUGACUUCGAUCUUUCGAAUUGAGUGCAUAAUCAAACUUGCCAGUCAGGCCAGUUGCUUCUCUGAUUCAGUUGUGUGAAGUGUAGUUUUGUAUGGUUUUGUUUGUGCUGUUUUCUUUGCCUUCAGUGAAGUAAAGACCGCCCACUUUUGAGCCAUGUUCCUUUAUCAAGUGGUUUUCCCUCAGUACUGCUACUACAGUGUAACCAUGGUGUAUUACAUUACUUUUAAAUAUAGUUAUUGAAUGUUGUUUUCCUGUAGAAACAUAGUAUGACAACAAUGUAAUUGUGCUUGAAAAAAAAAGACUUUUAGCCUGUAAAGAAUUUGAAAAGGUCCUUGUAGCCUGUCAGGAGAAUGACCCAGAGUCAUUUGACUACAGGGCAGUCAAAGAAGCUAACCCUCUGGAACCCUUCUGCUUACAUGCCUCCAUGCAAAGGUUAUCUACCUACAUCUAAGGGGAGCUUGAUCAAAACAAAAAGGUUACAGGUUAUAACAGGGUCAUUUAAGUAGAGUUGUUCCUUCUCUGUGUGCAAGUCACAGUGCCUUCCUACAUGCAAAUACAUUUAAAAAGUGACGUGAAAGUGACAUGGAUAUCAUACGGGGCAAUUUCCUUUUACAGACAGCCCCCCACUGGGGCUGAUACUUGAUACAACGAUCAAGAGGUCUAGGUUUAGUUCUUAUUAAGAGAAGAACAAUGAAUGUGGUAGGUCCUGUAAAUGGUGUCAGCAAUGCAUUUCAAAUCCAUUUGUAAUCUCCGCCUGUACCUCGGGGCAAUUCUGGACAAGGAUGAUGCGUGAGGAACUGCUGCGUAACCUCAGUCAGUUAAACCUCCCUCUUCUCUUUCCUUGACAACCAAUAAGCUAAGAUUCUUGCAUUUUCAUGUAAAUGCCAAUGUAUAUGAUUGCCAGAGAGGGGAAGCCAAAGGAUGUUUGGAGGUAAAUCAACCAUUUCCUUCGCUGUAACAAAAGAGAAAUGAUAUGUGCAUCCUAAAUGGCUUCCGGUUGUGAAUAUAUUAUCAAGGCUCUUUGCCCCACUUCCAACACCAAAUCCCCACUACCACUUUCGAAAAAAAGCAGCUUGCACUUAUUUCAUUUACUCACUAUUGACAUUGACACACAGCGACGUCCUAAGAUGUGGUAUCAUGAAGUUAGUGGAACAAAAAAAAAAAAAAAAACAGCCACAAAAGCUAAAUGUUGUGUUAUAUUGUGCUUACCUUUUAAAGGUGGUGCUUUGAGGUAAUAUUUGUCGACAGGGGCUGUGCAGCCCAUGCCUGGGACCUCCAAUACAGCAACAUCUUUUAGGGAAAGAUAGAUUGAAAGUAACACACAGCUAGAGAUGUUCUCAUGGCCAAUUGCACAGAGAUGAGAGUUGAGAUAGAGAGGGGGAAAAAGAGAUGGAGGGGAAAGGAAAGAGGAAGAGCGAGCGCCAUGGGCAGUGGUCAUAAUCAGGGCCUAGCCACUUCCCGAUAUGGGGUCACCAAUUGCAUGACAUUAGACACAGUUAGCAAGACAGUUACCAGGAGUCAUGGAAAUCUGGGGAAUGCAAUACUGGAACGGAGCAGUAUCAAGUUUCACUUUGAUUUUAUACUCUUGAAUCAAAAACAAUUAAAUAUCUGAUAUCUGGAACCAUUUACUGUCUGGAUCAAUCAAGUAUUCGAAUACUUCAGUGUUCCAGGUAUUUGUUUCUUUUGUGUGGAUUGCAGGUUGACGUUCAGUCUUAAAAAAUUAUCUACUAGCAUCAGUGACUUCCUGUUCCCCACACCUGUGUGUGAGUAGUGACUUCCUCAGGUUUCACAUCUCCUACUUGGUUUAAACUCAUAUUCACAUUUCAUACUUCAGUAGUACAGUAACUACAGUACAGCUUUUUUCUGAGUACAUAACACUUUCUGGAUGUAAUGAGACAAUACAAUUGGUUUUCAUAAUUUGGUGUUCACUGGCUUGUGAGAUAGACCCAUCGGUGGCAGGAGGAUAGUGGGAAAUAAAAUGGUCAGUAUUUGGAACUACAUAAAACAAAUAAGAAAAUAAAUAAAUAAAAAAAUCUCAAAUUAUUAAAGUGAAUAUCACUGUGUAAUAUUUAUUCAACUUGUAAUUUAUGUACUCUUUUAACCUUUGUCUUUUUUGUUAUGACAAAGCAUUUAUUUAAAUAAAGUUAUGUAUUCAUUUAAGCA